CAACCCUUUAAAAGGCCAUGUCUCCUCCUCCCGAUUAGUUGCACUUCAGCUGCUUCGGGACACUUCCUCCUCUCAGUUUUGACCCGCACAUGGAAAUGGAGGACCAGAUGGAAAGCCAGAAGAGGCGAGGGAUGAGCAAAGAUGAUCUAAUAUCUGAACGGACAGGGUCUUUGGGCUGCAUUGGCUGGUUCAUCGUCAUCCUCUCUGGCAUCUUCAGCUUUUUGCUCUUUCCCAUCACCAUCUGGUUCUGUCUGAAGAUCGUUCAGGAGUAUGAGCGCGCUGUUAUUUUCAGACUGGGCCGUAUCACAGACAGGAAGGCUAAAGGACCAGGAAUUUUCUUUGUUUUGCCGUGCACCGAUUCCUUUGUGAAAGUGGAUCUGCGAACCGUUUCAUUUGACAUCCCGCCACAAGAGAUCCUGACCAAGGACUCGGUCACCAUUUGUGUGGACGGUGUGGUGUACUUUAGGGUCAGUGACCCCAUCGCGUCUGUGGCCAACGUGAGCAAUGCGGACUUUGCCACCCGUCUGCUGGCUCAAACCACCCUCAGAAACGUCCUGGGAACUAAGAACCUUGCCGAGGUCUUGUCUGACCGCGAGGGCAUCGCUCACAGCAUGCAGGUAAACCUGGAUGAGGCCACAGACAACUGGGGCAUCAAAGUGGAGCGCGUGGAGAUAAAAGAUGUGAAGCUGCCAACUCAGAUGCAGAGGGCCAUGGCUGCUGAAGCGGAAGCAGCGCGAGAAGCCAGGGCGAAGGUGAUUGCGGCAGAGGGUGAGAUGAACGCAUCUCGUGCCCUGAAGGAGGCGUCCCUGGUGAUCGCGGAGUCCCCGUCGGCCCUGCAGCUCCGCUACCUGCAGACUCUCAACACCAUCGCGGCCGAGAAGAACUCCACCAUCAUCUUCCCCCUGCCCAUGGACAUCAUUAGUCACUUCAUAAAGAAGUGAGAUCGCUGAUGGUGGCGGGAAAAAACAAAAAAAAACUGAUCGGGAUUGCGGCGCAUUUAUGAUAAGAGAAUACAUCUCAGGUUGUAGAUAAUGAUAAUAUUGAGUGGUUGUUGUUUAUUUUAAGAGCUGCGAUCAGGCCGGGGCUGAUAACCAACGUGUUAAAAUUAGAGGAAAUUUUAUAUGUGAUCUUUGGUUUUGGGUCCUGAGGCAAUUUCAGCGGCUACCGACGCGAUAUAAAUAAAACUGAACUGAAGAUGGAACUGCGUGAAUGUAUAAAAAGAAAAAAUGUUUAGCUAAAUGUUAUCGUCUUUUGCUUAGCUUCUGCCUCCUCCUGUUUCUUGAAUCCCAUGUGUCACUUUAUGCCUCAAAUAAAUUUUACGCUUCGUAAAUUCA